AUGUCCUUCGGCCUCACCAGCGCUCCUGCAUUCUUUACGCAUAUGAUGAACAAGGUGUUCAUGGAUUUCUUGGACAAAUUCGUGGUGGUGUUUAUUGACGACAUCCUCAUCUACUCCAAGAGCAAGGAAGAACAUAAGGAGCAUCUUCAGGCAGUUCUGCAAAGGCUUCGUGAUCAUCAAUUGUAUGCCAAAUUCAGCAAAUGUGAGUUUUGGCUCCAGCAAGUGGGAUUCCUCGGACAUAUCCUCUUGGCAGAAGGAAUCUCGGUGGACCCAAGCAAGGUAAAAGAUGUACUUGAUUGGUCCGCACCCACCACCGUCUCAGAGAUCCGAAGUUUCCUUGGACUUGCCGGAUAUUACCGCCGUUUUAUCGAAGGAUUUUCCAAGAUCGCCAAGCCGACGACUGAGCUCCUCAAGAAGGACAAGAAGUUCGCAUGGACUGAAGACUGCGAACGGAGCUUCAAUGAGUUAAAAACCAGGCUGACAUCGGCACCUGUAUUAACUCUUCCAGAUAUCUACCGCAGUUUCGAUGUUUACUGCGACGCCUCCAGAAAAGGACUGGGAAAGCUCUAG